GUCUAUGUCCUAGUGGCCAUCGUUGCAGCUGCCCCUUUAGCCCGGCGAGAUCACGCAGCUGCUGCCGACGAUGGCGAUGUGCUCUGGUUUUUCGGUGGCGAGGGAUCGACGGAUUCGGGUACACCGCUGCUUCGUGAAUUGUGGAGCUAUGACAUUCAGACUGACCACUGGGCUUUGCAAAGUCAAGGCACGGGCCCCUAUCCACGUCAGGAGCAUGUGGCAGUGUACGCUGAAGGAGCGAUUUGGAUCCACGGCGGCUGGGCAGGAUGGCCGGCAGGACAGCUCGAUGACCUGUGGUCCUACAAUAUAUCUGCUGGGCGCUGGAAUCGGAUGAACAUUCUUGCAGGACCCUGGGCACGCCAUCGCCACGUGGGCGUGUAUGCAUCCGGUAGACUUUGGAUUCAUGGCGGAUUCGGAAGAACAGAUCUGGGUCGUACAUCGCUACUGAAUGACCUGUGGAGCUAUGACAUUGAUACUGGCAACUGGACUUUACAAAGUGAAGGAAUGGGACCGUCUCCACUUAUGGACCAUGUGGCAGUGUAUGCUGAAGGAGUGAUUUGGAUCUAUGACGGCUGGGGACGUGACCUGUGGUCCUACAAUAUAUCUGCUGGGCGAUGGAACCUGAUGAGUACCGCCGAAAGACCUCCGAGACGCUCCCAGCAUGCUCUUGCUUCAGCUGGAGGACUGAUCUGGAUCCAGGGCGGCUGGAACCCCGGUGAGGUGGGCUGGUUGGACGAUGUCUGGGCCUACGAUCCGAGCUCCGGCCUUUGGGCUCU